CCGACUAUCGUCACGUUCCAGGAAGUUAUGGUAAUAGAUUCUACCGGUCUCUUGAAGUUGCAUCUCAUCCCAUGGUAGUCCUAUCUUCUGCAAGCACAAGAGAUGUUGCUCCUGGUGCUAGGCGCCCUCCUCCUGUUAUUCUGCAACCUGGAUGUCUGGUACUUCCUGCGAGGGGCCCAGGUGUUCUUCGAGGCAUGGUUCCAGCCCAGAAUAGGGGACAUUCUUGCUGUGCAAAGUGUUGAUGGUGUGGUCCUUACCCACGAUUUGGACUACUUGGGUCACAUGAACAACUCUCGAUAUCUGCGGGAGUGCGACUUUGCUCGUUUCCAUCAUUACAUGAGGAACGGGCUGUUCAUGGCCUCACGCAAGCUUGGGGCCAAAAUGGUGGUAGGUGCCUCCACUAUCAGGUAUCGGCGUUCCUUAGCUUUCAGAGAGGCUUUUGAAAUCCAGACCAAAGUGCUUGGCUGGGAUGAGAAGGCCUUUUACUUGGAGCAACGCUUUGUGUCAAAGAAGGAUGGAUUUGUAUCUGCGGUCAUGCUUUGUAGGCAGAAUGUGGUGCAUAGCAGCCCAGAGAGAAUCAUCGAAUUCAUCUGCAAAAAAAAGCUCGAGUGUCCGGAGUUUCCAGAGGAGCUUAAACACUGGAUCAGCUUUAUUUCAGCCAGCAGCCAGGCGCUGAGGGCAGAGAGCGGACUGGAGGAUAAAAACAAGUGAAGCCGCACCAUGACAUCACAUAUCAUGAGUGUAGAAACAUAUCAUAGCAUUGCACACACAUGUAAAGCAUAUAUACAUGCAGAUCGACUUUCGCACAUUGCAGAGAGUUUUAUUUGACUUCCAGUGUUCCACGUCUCUCUGUUUCGACUCGGGUCUUUACCUGCUAAGUAUUUUUGUAUGAAAUCAGCUAAACAUGAAAACUUGAACAGUAUGGGAUUUCUUUUCUUGAAAAGAAAGAGAAGUAGUAACAUAGCUUUACUUUUACAGCUUGUUAAGUAGUUGAAGGUGAGUAGACUGGUUUCAGCAACUUCAUUGUCAUUAGGCAAAAUCAUAUAAAGUCUAGUAAGCAUGUAGCUCAAAAUUCAAUUGUCGUUUGACACCAGUGCAUGUUUUAAAACAAUCAGAAUAAUUUUGUGCCUGUUUCUUGUAUUUAAGAGUACUGAGAGUUAUAGAUUUGAACUAAAAACAGAAAAACUUAGCUGUGAGAACAUACUUGAAUGGACAUAUUGAACAUGUACUGACAAACGCUUAAUUAUCCCAUCAGUAUUUUGCACAAAAUAAUUCCUAUGACAUUCUGAAAGGGAAUAUUACCUUUUUAGGGAUCCAUAUAGCUGCACAGUAUCGUUAUUUGACCAUAUUUAAACCUCAUUCUUGAAAAUGAUUGGAUUCAUGAUUGGGACUGCAUGUUAUUUUUAAGAGAAUGUUUUUGAAUUUUGACCGAUGAGUGCAAUAAUCUUUGGAAACUUGCAACGCACAGUAAUCACUGAAUGUUUAAGUGAUUCCAUUGAAAGAAACUAUUUAACCUGUAUAACAUUCUCAUGUCUGUAUCCAAGGUUUAAUUUGCGACCAAAGUCACUUAUUGUUAUAUGUUGGGGAGGAGUAGAUUUUUGAAAAUGUCCAGUCUGUUUUACAGUUGUGUGAAAAAUUAUACACAUCCUUCAACUAAUUCUAAGGUUCUAUUAAGACAUGAUGAAAAAAAAUAAUUUAGUUGAACAGCUAACUGUUGUAUUAAAGGGAAUAGUUGGACUAAAAAGGACACCAUUUUAAGCACUCGUGAGAAUCAGAUAAAUUAUUUUUUUCUCUCAUGUCUGGAUAAGAUGCACUUAAGAAUUGAAAAAGGUCGCACUUUGUUUUCCACACAACUACAUUCAUGUUGUCAAUGCACUGACCAAAAUACCCUGAAGUUUGAAGUUAUACUUUGUAUUUUUAUUUUCUUACUAUUCUUUAUGAUUUCUGGAAACUGAUUUAUUUGUCAAACAUUACUUAUUUAUUGUGUUUAUUAAUUAUAAUGCAUUUUGAAUAAAAAUGCACUGGAAAUGGUUUUUGGGUGAUUAUAUUUUCCUUAGGAGUGAGGAGGCAUGUACACACCUUUACAUACAGAUUUUUAAACUACAGAAAC